AUGGAGCCUAGCUGCGAUCUCGAGAUCGACGUCAAUGGCAAGGAGGUCUUCCUGGUGGACAAGGUGAGCCACCAUUUGAGGUUCUCUUCCCCUGGUCCGCAGCCAGAGCUAGAGCCAGCGAGCGAGAGAGAGACAGAGACAGAGAUUCCUCUUGCUCCUGCUGCCCCCUCCCGUGUUUCUCGGAGAAGAUUUUAAUGGGGCGUUCUUGGGGUUCUUUAAAAUGGGACCUGCUGUCCUGUUGUCUCCUGGCGGAGCUCCUAUUGUCUUCUUCUGCUUCUUCCUCGUUGUCAAUGGCUGCUAAUGCCGGCGCUCGCAGUGAAAGGGUUGGCCGCUCCUCGUUUUCCCCCAAUUUAAUGUGAUUCCUCGCCGUUUUCCUCCCCAUUUAUUGCCCCAGCCGCCGGCGAUCUCUCCUCUGGUCUUCUUUUCCUCACCGUUAAUGGACCAUGAAUCCCGUCGUCUUCCUCCUCUGGACUUGCAGAAGAUUCUGUCGUCGUUCUCCGGCAAGCUGGGCAAGCUCCUCAGCAAGGCGGCGGCGGCCGCGGUGACGAGACCUUUGAGAGUGAUUUUCCACGACCUGCCCGGCGGCGCGGAGGCCUUCGAGCUGCUGGCGAGGUUCUGCUACAGCCAUGGUGAGGUGGCCCUGGUGACCCCCGCUAACGCCUGCACCCUCCAUUGCGUCGCCCAUUUCAUGGGGAUGGCGGAGCUCUCCUCCCCCUCCUCCCCGUCUCUGAUCAGCCAGACGGAGAAGACCCUGCAGGGGAUCCCCUUCUGGUCAUGGCCGGAGAUUCUCGGCGCCCUGAAGCAGUGCCAGGAGUUCCUGCCGGCAGCGACCUCCGCCGGCGUGCUGGGGAAGCUCCUGGACUCCCUCGCCGGAAGAAUCGCGUCCCCGCUCAGCGCCGCCAGCCCCUCAGAUGACUCCUCCCCGGAGAGCUCCGGCUUUCGCUUCUCCUGCGACACCGGCUGCUCCGCCAGCACCAAGAACAGCGGUUCCCAUCACCGGCUAUGGUGGUUCGAGGACCUCUCCUGCUUGAACCCCUCCGCCAUGGAGAAGGCCGCCGCCGCGAUGGUCUCCCGGAAGAUGGACCACGCCGCCAUUAGCAGGUUCCUUUUCUACUACCUCCGGGUCAGGGUCUCCGCCGCCGACGCUACGCCGCCAGAGAAGAGGAAGGCCAUGGACGCCGUCGUCGGCCUUCUCUUCUCUCUCGACAGAUGCUCAGUGACCUGCAAAGGCCUGUUCGGGAUCCUCCAUAUCUGCUCUUGCUUGAAUCCAUCGAAGCUCUGCAGAAUCAGAUUGGAGAAGAUGAUCGCCUCACACCUUGAUCAGGCCACUCUGGAUAACCUCCUGGUUCCCUCCCCCCCUGGUGUGAGCAGCCUCUACGACGUGGAUCUCGUCCUACGCUUGCUGAGAUUCUUCCUCGCCGGCUGCGUUUCUCCGCCGCGGCUGAGGAGGGUGGGGGACCUGAUGGACCUCUAUCUGGCCGAGGUGGCGCCGGACUCCUCCCUGAAGGCGGAGAAGUUCGCCUCUAUCGCCACGGUUCUUCCCGACGCCGCCAGAGUCAACUCCGACGGCGUCUACAGAGCCGUCGACAUCUUCCUCGAGGUGAAGAAAUUGAUGUCAAUAUCUCUACGACCCCAUCAUUGUAAUUUUAGAUGGGUUUUUUUCUUUUUUGGUUUUUUUGUAUGAUGCAGAUGUUCUUCGGCAAUUGACUUUACUGGCAGGUCCACGCCGCCGCGCUUUCGGAGGAGCAGAGGGCGAGGAUCUGCGGCGCCGUCGACUGUGGGAAGCUCUCGCCGGCUUCCAGCCGGCACCUCGCCGGCAACUCCAGGUUUCCGGCGAGGGCGGCGGUCCGGGUAUUCUCCGGCGACCAGUCCAAGCUCAAGAGCCUUCUCAGCGACGGUACCCGGCGGAGGACCUCGCCGGCCGGCGGCGCUCCGGGGGCGGGGGAGAGGGAGCAGGUCGUCCUCUACGCUAGGAAGCUGGAGGUGUCGGAGGAGGAGACGGAGAAGCUGAGAGUCCACCUGCGGGGGAUGCAGUGGCGGGUGGCGGAGCUGGAGAAGCUUUGCCGGAGGCUGCAGGGCCAGAUGAGGAAGAUGACGGCCACCGGCGGGCGCAGCAGGACCCUGCCCCGGCUCUGCUCCUGA